AUGUACGCCGCUCAGAAUAUAACGCCAACAAUUUUGGAUGCCAUGAACGGAAAUGUUUCCGAAUGGUAUAACGAAUGCGACAAUGCCAUUAGAAGGUCAGAAAUAGUUCCUGGAACUUACGAAUAUACAACUGCUGUUUCUUAUGGAAACGUAGGUGAGUUUGGAGAAGGUUCUUCAACAACAGUAGAUAUUGCUUGCGACAGGUUUCAUAUUAUUUCUAUUGACAACUCAUUCUUAUACGUGGAACAAGACAUUGAAAUAAAACCUUCUGCCAAGUUGUCUGACAAGAAAGGUUGCAAUGGAAUUUUCUAUGUCGGAUACCAAUAUGCUCCAGAAGUUUUCAUGGGAUAUAAGAUAUAUUCUAACUCUGACUUAGUUCAAACAGUAACAUGGGCAAACUAUGAAUGGUUCGCUUUGAGAAACUCAGUACAACCACAAGCUAGAGAACAAACAGACCAGUAUGCAAAUAUUGAGAAAAUAAGAAGACUUGACCCUAACGUUCCAGGAGUUUAUGUUAACCUUUCUGGUUCAGAUGGAACUGCUGCCACUAAAGUAAAACUGAAACUUAGAGUUCCUUUGUCAUCUUUCCUCAUCUUCAGGUUUUUAAGAUACUUGCCAAACUGGGCAGGAAAAAUUUCUAUUGAACUUACUCCAAGCAAAAAUAACUUAGUCAUUGCACCAACACAAGACCCAUUCACUCUUACAGACGUAAAGGGAACAAAUCAAACGUCAUUCGCCGAAUUUUGCAAAGGCAAGGUUGACUUAGACUUUGGUUUCUCAAACUUCAACAAUGAAGUAAACUAUUAUUUCAAUGCUGCUGGAACUGCUUGGGACCCAGUUAAGUUUACAUGCGAAAAAUUUGAAUGCAAGAGAAUAGAAAGCAG